CCACGGUUGUGGGCGACGGACCGGCCGCGGGUAUAAAGAGAUCUCUGGGACUUCUUUGCGUCACUGCUCGAAGCGGCAGCGACUCGGUCACCAGAGCUGAACCUGAGCAGAGAUAGCAGCAAGCAGGCAUCUUCUCGCCGCGCAGGCUAACUCGCUUUCGGCUUUGGUUCGAGAUGGAGACUCGUUGCGCCAUGAGGGGCUCAAGCGCCCGAAACUUCAAGAGUGAGUACCUUUCUCUUUUGCAUUCAUCUGCAUGCUUUUCUGACUUCGCAAGUUAUGAGGUUUAUUAGUUUGUCGUUUUUCGUUUACGAAUGAAAACUUGAUAAUGUUUUAAAAAGUUGUGUCUGGAACUAUAAACUUCACGGUGAUGAGUCCGUGUCAACAGCAUGUAUGUCAGUGGGAACGGUGGAAACUAAAGAAAUCAUAAACUUUUACUUUGAUUUAUUGCCACAGCCAUUCAGUAUUUAUUUAACAAUUCUCAUCAGGGCUUUUUUCGCUCUCCAGCAUCUUUUUUUCAAAACUGAAAACAGUGGAUGUGGCACAGGGAGAACCAGGGUGCGCUCUUUUGGCACCUUUUUACGCAGAGUUUUGGAAGUAAAUGGCGUUGUUUUUACCAUGACAAGCUAUGUUUAAAUGUUUUGACGAAUCAUCUGCAGUUGAAGUCAAUGUGUGAAUUAUUUGUCCCUUUUGUAAAAUUUACCAAAGCAUCGCAAUUUCAUCUCCGAUACGCACAGGGAGACACAGUUGUAAAUACCCUCCUAUCAUGAGUCUCGGCUCAGUCUUUCAUCUCUAGUCUACAGAGACUCUGCAGCAGUUUGAUAAAAUCUGAAGUUCUCCUUCGGCGCCCCGCGCAUCUGAUAAUCCAACCAGUGAAAAGGUCGAGGGGGUCAGCCACUGGAAAAAACUUGCGCACAGCAUGAAUGGGAAGUUCAUUAUUUUUUCAUGCAUGUAAUUUUCCCGCGGUGGCCACCUUUGUACGCUGUCAUCUGAGAUGUGCCAAGAGGCUGUUGCAAUAUUAAGAUGGACCGAAACUGACCCGGGUCUGGUUGCCGGUUUUACGCGCGCAUCCAGUGACAAACCUCUAGAGGAAACAUCCUUGUAAAGGUCUGAGAACUAGGAAACCAGGUUAAUUUGUGCAGAAACACGAGGUGCUCACGUUUUGGACCCUGAAGAGUUUAUGCCUCCUUUUGUUUGUUUGAUUUUUGAUAUUAUUUCUGUUUCUGAAAUGAAGGGUUAUGCAAUCCUGUUACAACAGCCAAGGAUACCUGUGUAAUGUGAUCUGGUAGAUAUUAAUGGUUGGAUGAUUCCUGCAUUGUAAACUGAUGAAUUAUAUAUAACCUCCUCUGUUCUGAAGACUAUGAACAAGUCACAGGUGAGAGCACAGCAGUGCUAAAACCAAUCACUGUCAUCAGCAACAGCUUGAUGGACGGACAGCAAAGAGGGCUGAAAACAAAGCUCCUUUCUUCUGUCUCAAAGGCAUCAAGAAUAAUGCAGCAGCAACAGCCUUCUGCUCCUAUCCUGACCCUUUGUUUGGAGGGUUUAUUUUGUGUGUCUCUGUGUCCUCCCUGCAGGUGGAUUGACUCUGUGGCUGGUGCUUUGGCUGGUGGUGGUGAAGCCGGGCGGGGUGUCAGCAUGCCCUAAGUUGUGUGUGUGUUACCCCACGCCUAUGACGGUCAGCUGCCAGUCCCAGAACAUCACCAUAGUGCCAGCUGGUGUGCCGUAUGACUCACAACGUGUUUUCCUGCAAAACAAUCGCAUCACUGAGCUUCGCGCGGACUCUUUUGGCUUUGAGACACAGGUUAAAAAUGGCAGGGUUUCUACAUCUGCAUUAUUUCUCUGCAGUAUUUGUGGUCAGUCUUUUUUCUUACUCAUGACUUCUCUCGUCUUUCUCUGCAGGUGCUCUGGCUGUAUGGCAACAACAUAACAUGGAUCGAAGCCGGGGCCUUCAGUAACCUCCGAGUGCUGGAGGAGCUGGACCUGGGCGAUAACCCGCUGCAGCGCCUGGAAGGUGGAGCAUUCAGAGGUUUGGAGAAGCUGCAGAGCCUGCACAUGCAUCACUGCAAGCUGGCUGCUCUACCCCAUGACCUCUUCCACAAACUGUACAGUCUGCAGUUCUUAUACCUACAGGUGGGACAAACACACACACACAUACAAACACACAAACACACACACACUUUAAAACCCAAAGUUAUACAGUCUGCACAUUUAGGUCAUCUUACGUAAAUUGAUACAGCAUACAUUAUGUUCAAAAGAACAAGCUCUUCUUCAGAGUUUAUGAAUUAAUUAUUCAUGUCGCUGUUGCCAACACGCAGGCUGCACACCUACACAGUCUUCGAAGCUACGCAUGUUAAAAGCUGAUCCAAGUAGGUUGAGGGAGUUCACACUCAGAUGGAGAAUAUUAAUGUGCAACAAAAUGCAAUCACUGGGCACUGUUUAAAACCAGAAAACUAGAUUUAUACUUUUCUCAGCAGUGAACACACUUUACGGUCAAAGCUCACUUGAUAGCUUUCAGAUUGUGAUCUUAAGCAUUAAUAUUAACUGAGAGUCAGAUAAUACAAUAAUUAAUAACAUGAUUGUGCUAAAGGUAGAGGCAAAAGGAAGACUUAAAUGCCUGCACAAAGAAAUAUCUUACCCCCUGCUUCAUCUUCUCAGGUUUUAAUUUAUUCCAGCUGGCCAGAAACAAUAGCUUCCAGAUUUUCUUUUGUAAUAUGAUUCGUAUUUUUCCCAGAGUUGUUGUUGACUGUCUGGCAGCUGAGAGUGAGAUUUCAGCUGAGGAUGUCCUUGUAUGGAGAGUUGAAUCUCUGUUCAAAACAGACAAGUGCUGCCAGUGUUGGUCUUUAACAAGUCAGAAAUCUUAAACACAUUUAGUGUGGUUCACUCUGCCCACUGCGGUCAAUUUCAAAUAGGACAUGUCAAAGUCUAUAUACAGUAAAUGUAUCACAGAAUCACAGACAUUUACUGAGGGAAAUAGGGAAUGUAGGUUUGAACUAGGUAUAUAUACCAUACACACGGACAAAAGCUGAUUAUCAAAGACUAUGAGAAAUUGAUUAAGCCACCAUGAUGUCAAAAGUACUUGGAGAACAACAAUUGUGAUGUCUCCUAAUUGGCAAUAUUUCUGCCUUUCUAUAUUGGCUUUUUCAUACAGUAUGUGGACAGGAGGAGAUUUUGAUCAUUUCUAAAAGUAGCUCUGCCGUAAAGCACAACCUCCUCUAUCCUUAACCUAACUUUUGAUAGGACUGAUAUUGAUAAUAAAGAAAAUACAGCUGUAUUUCAGAAGACUUGAAAUGACUAGCAAAAGCUAUAAAAUCACUCAACAAACCUGAUAAUGAGUCAAUCAGGAUCCCACUCCUACAGACUUUUCAUGGUCGCCCCCUGCUGGUCAUUAGAAAGAAUGCAGGUUUAAGACACUUUCAUCAUCACCUUUCAAUCAUGGAGGAGGAGUCCUUUUCUUUUCGAAUAUGAUUUAAGGCUCAGAGAGAUACAACAAAUGGAAAUAAAUCUGAAAUUGACAAUCAGCAUUCAUUGCACACCUUGUGAUAUCUAACUCUUCAUUUUCUCACCCACUUCUCCACAACACUAAAACUUGCUCUUGUUUUUCACUUUGCUCCAGGACAAUCAGCUCCACUUUCUGCAGGACGAUCUUUUCUCUGAUCUGGUUAACCUCACUCACCUCUUCCUUCACGGAAACCGCAUUCGUGCCCUCUCUGAGAAUGUGUUCAGAGGUUUGGUCAACCUCGACCGCCUCCUUCUCCAUGAUAACCGCAUCAGGCAGGUCAACCGUCGUGCCUUCCGUGACCUUGGCCGCCUGACUAUCCUUUACCUGUUCAACAACUCCCUGGCUGAGCUGCCAGGUCAGGCCAUGAAGGACACCCAAGGCAUCCAGUUUCUCCGCCUCAAUGGAAACCCCUGGUCCUGUGGCUGUGAGGCCCGUCCCCUCUGGGAGUGGUUCCGCGAGGCCCGCAUCUCCUCCUCUGAGGUUAUGUGCAUCUCCCCAUCUAAGCGCCGUGGACAGGACCUCAGAUUCCUGCGGGAGCUGGACUUUGCCCUCUGCCCUUUACCUGACCCUGGCUCUCUUGCUGGAUCAACAACGACAACCUUCAGCACCAAAACCCGCUGGUGGUUCUCCAAACACAAGCCGGCAUCCUCAUCAAAAUCCUCCUACCAGAAGAGCAAAGAGACUGUUAAAGCCUUCCCUUUCACUGCUGUCAAGCCUCAGUAUCUCCCUAAAACCCCCAUAGAAACUUUCCCUUCCAAGUAUGAACUGUCUGCUGAUGAGGCGGCGCUCCCGAAGCUGGACCAAGCAGAAUACUGGGCAAACUAUGGCAAUGAAGACUCCUCCGUCCGUUGUUUUGAGCUAGAGUGCCCCCCAGGCUAUGACAACCCACCGUUCUUCUCCCCCAGCUCCUCAGCUGUCACCCCAUCUCUCCUUCACGUCCUCUCCCUCUCCAUAGUCAUGCUCUGCCUCCAUUUCUUGUUUGGCUGAACUCCUCCCGCCUCUCCCCCUUUCAGUCCUCUCUGAUAACUACCCCUGCUCUUUCCAACCUUCACAAAAACCUGGAUCUUGAUUCCUUUCAGUCACCUCCUUGACUUGAAGGAGAUGUUACACUGACACAGGAGACAGGCGAGGCAGUGGGGACCUGUCUUUAAAAAGAUAGAGGUCAGUUGAGUUGAUGUAAAGCAGGAUGAGAUUUAGGUAAAAUCAGCUGCAUCAUGAAACUGUGAUAAAGACGGUGUGAGGGCAGAAAACAUCAUGAAGUGGAAGAGAAAGAACGCAAAGUCAGCUGUUGGCGUCUCCAAAGGUUUUUGAUAUCACAAUAACAUAAACAGCGCAGGCGUUGUGACAGCUUUUUUUCUAAAUCAAACAGUGCUCACCAUACAACCAUCGCUAUCCUUUACUAAAUCUUUCAACGUGAGUAGAAACAGUGAUUGAUGAUGUGUUGUUUGGCAGAAGUCUGCAGAAGUCAUAGAAAGAGCAACAGAGAAAAUUUGAGGCUUUACCAGAUAUAAAAAAAUCUGAUGUCUCAGAGGGAGAAAUGAAGAGAAAAUCAAUACAACGUGAGCAGAGAAAGCUUAAGAUAUUCAUCUGGAGGCGCAAAAGGAUGAGAACAUCAUUAGUUUUGCAGCCAAGGCGGACUCACCUCUCUACUUCAGAUUCAAACUCUGAGGAUAACAAAACAUCACCCACACAUGUAGAUACUGUCAUCAUUUGUAUAUACACUCAUCACAAACUGCUCUCUGAUCAUGACCAGCUUGAUUUGUACAUCCCAUUUUAGUAAGAUUGAGAUACUGACAGUCUGUGGAUUGUAAGUGAAAGAAAACUCCUUCCACCCCUUAGAUUUCUGUCUCGUGAAAAAGAAAAACAUGAUUUUCACCGGAGUGGGUCUUUAAAGAGUGCCUGCGGUGUAAAUGUGUCAGACUUUUCCUUUAAUGUAUGGUUUCCAUCUGCCUGUAAGGCUGGUUGUCCAAGGCAACAGCACACAAGAUAGGAAUAACCACUCAUGACUCUUCUGAAUAGAUACCCAGUUAACUGUCUGGUUCCUCUUGCAUCACACCUUGACCGGCCAUUUGUCUCUGGCAGUGUGACUUUUUGUGGGUGUAUGAGGAUGAUUGUGUGUUCUUAAAUCUAAAUUCAGGUGAAGGAAGAGUUCAAUAUUUAUUUGGGAGAGGUUUGGUCAACCAAUAUGUCCUCAGGACCCCAAACUGUUUUAAAACUCACUCAUUUUAAAAAUGCAUUUGAUUUCUUUCUACUAUUUUAAAAUUUGUGAUAUCUGAAGGUCUCGGCUAAUUUUAGAGAUACUUUGUCUAUCCGAUUUGUGUCAUGCACAGCAAACACAAUUGAUUUAUUAAACACUGGGCAAUCUAUUGUGUAUUAAAGCUCUACUUGAACACAUAAAACUUUUUUGACUCUUGUGCAUGUUUUUUGGAAAAUGGGAUGGGAAUUCACUUGGUUCAACAAGAUGCCAAUUUAACCUGGCUGUGAUCUUUGUCAUAUCUUGAAAAAGUCCUUAUGAAUCCAACUGGAAAUAUGAACUUGCAAGUGUGAGUUUCUACAUAGACUGUGAAAGACGCUGUCAGGUUCUGUAUUUUUGGAUAAAAAACUUGUUAUAAAAGUGCUUCUCAGAUUAAAAAAAUAAACAAUCAAAACUGA